GGUUCAGUCUGCAGAGCAACGUGCGUGGAUAUCUUUGGUCUUUCGGUCAGGGGUUACUGUGUGGAGCGAAUUUGGACUAGAUUGGCGAAGACGACCAGACGACUAGAAGACGUAUAGCGGAUAGCGGAUAGCGUAUAGCGAGUGAUCAGGUGGAAAAUGCACUUUCCGGCUUUUGAUGACUUCUAUCAGCGACUUCUGUUUCUGCUGCCCUUCGCCGCAAAUUUCAGGUCGACUGACUUCGACUACAAGUCCCCGGAGAGGUGGCCGGAAAAAUACCCACAUUGUGGUGGAUCCGAACAGUCGCCCAUUGCGAUUAGUAGGCGCAAAGUGAUAUCCCUUAGCUUGCCCCCUUUGGUGUUUGCGUUUUAUGAUGAGUUCUUCGAUGAGCUGGUGACAGUAAAGAAUAGUGGACACACAGUGGAAUUUCAGGUUCCAACGACCAUCUAUGGCGUGAGACCAUACGUAACUGGAGGACUCUUGCAGGACUGCUACGAUGCGGAGGCCGUGCACUUCCAUUGGGGAUCGCCCGAGAGCAAGGGCUCGGAGCACGUGCUCAAUGGACGCCGACAUGAUCUGGAAAUGCACAUAGUCCACCGGAACACUAAGUAUCUAAACCUUCAGGAGGCUUUCAGGUACCGUGAUGGCGUUACAGUACUGGCGGUGCUCUUUAAGGUUGUUCGUUCGGGACCCAUUUUUUAUCAACCCGGACUCAGUGAAAUAUUUCAUUCCCUUCUCCAUUUGGGCAACUUUAAUGCCACCUACACUGUGCAGGAACGGCUCACCCUCGGAUCCUUGCUGGGAAGCCUGGACAGGGGCAACUUCUACACGUACAAGGGCUCCUUGACGACCCCACCAUGCUCACCGGUGGUUCAGUGGCAUGUGUUCGGUGAGGUCCUUCCCAUUUCGCACCAGGAUCUGCCGAAGUUCUGGAACCUUAGAGAUGAGCGCGGUCGGCCGUUGCUAAAGAACUUUCGGCCACUACAAUCGCAGGAGAAUCGCGCAAUCUUCCACCGUCAACAUACAGUGCCGCUGCAGCAGGAGCACCUGCAAGAACUGAUAUGGUUAUAGCCAUUAGAUUAAA